CUUACUUAGUUGGCUGCGUAUCUCCAUUCUUCAUUAUAAGAUAUUUUCGCCUUUGCUGUUUAUAUGGGACAUGAAUGGCGUUAGACCUAUUCCCCCAAAACAUCGUGUCAUUAGUCUCGCCGGUGUUCAUGCCACUCACUCACUCACUUUGUCUGUUGUGAAACCACUCUAAACAGACGUUGUGCCUGGAUAAGGGUAUCACAGCAGAUCAAGCAUCAAAGCCAUGCGCCUCCUCGACGUUGAGACUCUUCAACUUGAGCUGUUUGACGGUGGCCCGAAAUGUGCCUACGCCAUUCUCUCUCACACCUGGGGUCAGGAGGAAGUGUCCUUCCAGGACAUGCAAGACCUAGCAAGAGCACCAGGAACGACAUCAACAUUCGUCGAUAGUGGUUACAGUACAGCAUCGUCGUCAAGAACCAGUACCGGAACGAGCGGGCAUUUUGACUUUGGGAACUAUGGAACGACAAAGCACCACCCCGUCACUUCAAAGAAGGGCUACUCAAAGAUCCUGGGAUGCUGCGCGAAAGCUCGCACCGAGGGUUAUCGCUACGUCUGGAUAGAUACUUGCUGCAUUGACAAGUCCUCCAGCGCAGAGCUAUCCGAAGCCAUCAACUCCAUGUUCAAGUGGUAUCAUGAUGCCGAAGUCUGUUACGCGUACCUCAACGACAUCAGUAUUCCAGAAGGGAGACCACAACACCACCAAUCACCGUAUCUGGACCAUUCGAUGUCAGACGCCAACGGAAAAACGAUAAUCAUCACAGAUGAGAUGGAAGAGAUUCUCUACGGAAGCAAGUGGUUCACGCGUGGCUGGACGCUCCAAGAACUCAUAGCUCCAUCAGACGUGGUCUUCUGCGAUCGCUUGUGGCGGGAGAUAGGAACGCGCGAGUCACUCAGCGAUGACAUUGCCGCUAUCACGGGCAUUGACGCUGGGCUGCUGCGGAUGGAGAGGAAGCUGGGCGACUUCAGUGUCGCGCAGCGGAUGUCGUGGGCGGCGACAAGACGGACUACUAGGAUCGAGGACGAGGCGUAUUGCUUGAUGGGACUGUUUGAUGUCAACAUGCCGCUGCUGUAUGGAGAAGGACAGAAGGCCUUCAAGAGGCUCCAGUUGGAGAUCAUGAGGCAGUGUUACGAUCCUAGCAUACUGGCUUGGGCUAGCUCAGACUCGUAUGCGGUUAUCGAAGGCGUGUUGGCCCAGUCGCCGAGUAUGUUUGAGAGUUGUGGGGGGGUUACUUGGAGCACUGCCGAUGGAGUUAUGGGUGAUCGCUACAACGGUGAUGGUAGUCACCAACCCAACAACUUCUACCACGAGAUCAUCGGGUCAUCUCUCCUGAAGAUGCGCGUUCCGAUAUCAGACUUCAAUGCCCGUCACACAGAUGAACACGUGGUCUACAGAUCCUACUGGGACGUCUUUGGCAGCCUCGAAGACGUCAAACUUCUUGCUCCAGUCCCAUUCGAGGGUACCACUGCCGGUCUGAUAUACUUCCCCCGCCGCAUCGACGAGUUCGAAUCCGCCUAUCUCCACGACAGCCGAUUCCGCUCUUUCAACUACUCCUUUCUUAAGCACAAAGUCAAAGACAUCAUGCUCGUCCCUCUCUUUGGCUGCACAGUCCUCUCACCGACUUCCACCCCCAGCGAGCGAUACACGGUGGGCAUCACCUUCUGCACCGACUCAGCCGGCCACUUCAAGCGCGUCCACUUUCCUUCACGCUUCCUCGUGCCUACAUCCGACCUCGAGCGCUUCUUUACACCUCCGGAGCCAAUCGAACACGGACACGGCUGCGGUCACAACUACCUCACCCUCCACCUCUCCCUAACAGGCACCGAAAUCCUUCUCCGCCCUCCCGUCCCAAAAUGGGCACGUUGUCUAGUCCGCAUCCCACCUUCGCUCAUCCCUCCAACAUCAUCAACCACCACCCAAUCCUACCCAGCUUCCACCCCCUUCUCCCCCUCCUACUUCUCCCACGGCUCCUCCAGUAGUUCCACCCUUGUCCUCUCCACCACCCCCAUCCAUCAUAACCCCAACUUUCCCUCAACAACCACCUCCAACGGCGCCAGCCACCUCCACCUCCCCUGGUCCCUAACCCACACCAUCCCCGCCCAAGCCGCCGACGGUUCCGGAUGCUGGUACCUCGACCGGUGGAGCGAAGUCACGGACCGCGCCGAUUUCUCGCAGCAGCCGUGUUUCAGCUUGCACAAGGCCGGGGUGCCGAGGGCGCUGGCUUUUCGGCACGGGAUGGAUCCGGGGUUGGGGUUUUUGUUGGUUUUUUGGGUUGUGAGAUCAGUAUCAGCACGAGGAGGAACUGGAGGGAAAGGGGGAGAGGAUGAGCAGCAGUGGAUUGAGGUUGCUGUGCUGAGGAAUGAUGAUGGGAGGAGGAGGGGGAUGGGUAGUACGGUCAUGUGGGUGAAGACAGAGAGGGAUUUGGUUAAGGUUUUGCAAGGGGUGAAGAAUUUGGGGUUUGGAAUGGGUCCAGGGGCUGGUGGUGCGAGCGCCACUGCCGCGGCGGGAAGAAGGGGGAGGAGGAAAAAAAGGGAGUGGGAGUUUGAGGUUGGGGAGGGGAUGGUGUUGAGGGUGAAGAUUAGGAAGAAUCCGGAUUAUGAUAUUGCUGUUUUGGAUUUUAGGGAGAAGGGAUAG